UGAUAAGAGAGUCGCAAACAUACAGUGGGCCAAAUCUCAGUGUCUCUCUCUUUCCCUCCUUUGGAAGGCUGUUUGGCAUCUGUCACACUGAUCUGGAACAUUAGCUACCAGCUAAAUACAUACUGGAUAACUUGUUCUGUUAUACAACCUGAGUAAGAACUGCCUGCCAGGAAUACUGGGAUGAGAAAAGGAAGAAUCUAAAAGGUGCACAUGAUUUACUGGGCCAAGGAAAACAUCAGCACAGGACAGGAACCAGGACUUUGGAGGCCUGUGACCGAGUGGAGGAAUAGCGGUGUCACACAGAAUGACAACACAUUGAUUUACCUGAGCUAGACAGUCAGGAAGACACAGAGAGGAAUUAAGUGAUUGUGCUGAAAAAGUGGCUAAUUUUGGAACAGAGUGGUGAACUGAAGAGGAAGGUCGUGCAGCAGCCUGCUCUGGUUCCUUUGCUCAUAUAAAUCAGACUUUUGUUUGGGCCUAGUGUGGCCUCCUGAAGCAGUGACCAGAACCAUGAAGCUGUCAGGGAACGUGCUGGAUCUGGACUCCACAGACUACAGCACCACCCUUGAUCCUUCCUACACCAUGUUGGAGUUUGACAACCUUAGGGUGUUUCCUGUAGAGACAGAGUUGAUGAUGCCGGAGCCUGCCCCUCUGCUGCCACAGACCAAUGGGAGCGUGUGUUCCAUAUGUGCAGACAGGGCCACAGGUAAACACUACGGUGCUUCCAGCUGUGAUGGCUGCAAGGGCUUCUUCAGGAGGAGCGUCAGGAAGAACCACGCCUACACCUGCAGGUUCAGCAGGCAAUGUGUUGUGGACAAAGACAAGAGGAACCAAUGCCGUUACUGCAGGCUUCGGAAAUGUUUCCGAGCAGGCAUGAGAAAGGAAGGUGAGAGAGAAGCCGUGCAGAACGAGCGGGACCGCAUCAGCAGCCGCAGAGGAGAGGGACAGGGGCUGGGCACUCUGUCCAUCAGCGUACUGUUACAGGCAGAGGCCAGCAUGCAUCAGUUUCCAGCCCUGACCUCCCCUAUGAGCUGUGACAUCAACACCAAGAAGAUAGCGCUCGUGGGGGACGUGUGUGAGUCCAUGAAGCAGCAGCUCCUCCUGCUGGUGCAGUGGGCCAAGCGCAUCCCCGAGUUCUGCAGCCUCCCCGUUGACGACAGGGUAUCCCUGUUACGAGCCCACUCUGCUGAACACCUCAUCCUAGGGGUGGCUCAACGCUCCCUGCCUUACAAUGACAUUAUCCUUCUGGGUAAUUACUUUGUGAUCCCAGUGAGCGGUCCUGAGGUGGAGGUGUCCAGGGUGGCUGCCCGGAUCCUGGAGGAGCUGGUCAAGCCUCUGAGAGAGCUGGACAUCACCAACAGCGAGUUUGCCUGCCUUAAAACCAUAGUCUUCUUCAGUCCUGACUGCCCAGGGCUGGAGGCCCCUCAGACAGUGCGGCAGCUGCGUUUCCAGGCCCAGGUGCUGCUGGACGAGGCCACCUGUGAACAGCGGGGGCGUUUUGGAGAGCUGCUGCUGAUUCUGCCCCCCCUGCAGAGUGUGGCCUGGCAGAUGGUGGAGACCCUGCAGCUGGCCAGGCUCCUGGGGGAGCCUAGCGUGGACAGCCUGCUGCAGGAGAUGCUGCUGGGAGAGGGGGCCACUGGGAGCCUGGGACAACACACAGGGCACGGUUCUAACUCAAACGUAAUGACGUUCCCCCAACCCCAAGAUCACACCCUGUCUCGGGACCUACUAGGAGGCCAUGUCGGGUUGCCGAGCAACUUCACAUCAGUCAUCCUACCUGUCCCUAGCUCUCUGCCAGUGGUGCCUCUGGUGCCCACACAGACUGGCACUGAGGUGUACAGACAUGGAGAGGGAGCAGGCAUGCCCAUAGAGUCUGCCCACUGCAUGCCCAUGGCUCCUGUCCACACCUGCCUCUGAGAAGCAGACCAAGCAGCAGCAGCUACUCAACCAGAGAGGAGAAAAAAAGCUGUGUGGUCUAAACAUGCUGGCGCGCGCGCGCGCACACACACACACACACACA